GGAUGCGCGAACAGUCAGUAGUAUGAAAACAAAACAAAAUGAAGUCGCAAGAUAGUAAAUCUUUAUGGACUACACAGCCUGAAAAACCAGUGCAUUAUUCGUAUUUAAAGGAAUUUCGAGUGGAGCAAUGUCCACUAUUCCUUCAACACAAAUGUACGCAACAUCGUCCUUACACCUGUUUUCAUUGGCACUUCCUCAACCAACGUAGACGGCGGCCAAUUCGAAAAAGAGAUGGAUCAUUUAAUUAUUCACCUGAUAACUAUUGUACAAAGUUCGACGAAAACACUGGAAUAUGUCCCGACGGAGACGACUGCCCAUUCCUGCACCGCACUGCUGGGGACACUGAACGCCGCUAUCAUCUACGCUAUUAUAAGACUGGCAUGUGUGUUCAUGACACAGAUGUCAGAGGUUUCUGUGUCAAAAAUGGAGCUCAUUGUGCAUUUGCCCAUGGUGUAGAAGAUGUCAGACCAGCAGUUUAUGAUCUGCGUGAGCUACACCAGGGUUUGGAAGGCGGGCUCACAGCUGAGGGUGUGCAGCAGCUGCUGAUGCAAGACAGCUCAUUAUCCGUCAACGGAGGCAGCCCAGGCGGUCCCAACGGAGGAGUUGUUCCAAAUAGUUUAGAUAAAGAGAGAAAUAUGGUUAAUGAUGAUCCUAGGUGGCAAGACACAGCAUUUGUGUUGGCCAAUUACAAAACUGAGCAAUGCAAACGGCCCCCACGCCUCUGUCGUCAGGGUUAUGCAUGUCCACAGUAUCACAAUUCUAGAGAUCGAAGGAGACCUCCUAAAAAAUAUAAGUACAGAUCAACGGCUUGCCCAAAUGUAAAGCACAGUGAUGAGUGGGGUGAACCUAGCAACUGUGAGAGUGGGGACUCGUGCCAGUAUUGCCACACACGCACCGAGCAGCAGUUCCAUCCUGAGAUUUACAAGAGCAGUAAAUGCAAUGACAUUCAGCAGACUGGCUACUGUCCAAGAGGCGUCUUUUGCGCCUUCGCUCACAUUGACCAGGAGAUGACAGCAGUGCGUGAGACGGCAGCAAAUGAGAACUGCACUGGCACGAGUCUAGCUGACAUCCUGCAGUCCGCCCUCCCUCCUGACAACCCUCUCACCUCGCCCUCUACUUCUAAUCCACCCAUGCCAUCCUCAGAGAACUCUAAAAACUCAUCCCAGGGUACAAGCGGUAUGACGGAGUCACCACGGAUCACAAGCAAUGGAUUCAUCAGUCCGUCUCACUUAAGCAAUGCAAUGCCUCCAAUAGGCAGCAAAUCCCGACAUUUCUCAGGAAGCUCCAUCAAUUCCAAUAUCUUGCCAAACAAGGAUCACUCGAGCAUUUUUGCUAUGCACAAUCCUCCUCCACAGAACAAUAGUUACCUCAAGGCUCCUGGAUCUGAAAGAGAAACAGAGACCAACCUCAAGAAACAGCUUGCUGCCAAAGAGAAUGCUGCCGAUAGGAACACUUUAGAGGCACUGGAGAAGUUGAAAAGAAAAACCAACCCUCCGGGAAGCAGCAAUUCUUUAUUUUCUGGAAAUAUUAGUGGAUCAAAUUCUAGCGUUUUAAGUAAUGGAGUUCUGAAUAGCUCGUUUGCAGGCAGCAACCUAGUAGGAUGUGGCAGUGUCAUGUCAUCUAUAGCCAGCACCGUGUCGCCUCUAGCUGCUCCGUUUUAUCCAACUAGCAAUACCGUCGAAUCUGUUGUGGGCAAUGCUUUAGAUGAGCUGAGUUUAGCAGACCUCUCAGCUGCUAUUGACCCUGAAUUCAAUUCUAUAUCCUCGUCUUUGAAUACUGGGCUAGCGUCAUCAGGCCUAAUCAGCGGCAGUACGCCCGUCACAAUCCCUGGCAAGUCGAGCGUUGGUCCCGUCAACAGCUUCCAAGAGCGCUCCUCGCUGCUCGCCAGCCUCUCCAGCGUCGUCUCCAACCACCAGCAACUCUCGUCCUCACCCUCGUCUAAUGCCUUCAACCCACAUGCUUCGUUUCUCCAUUCCACUAACUCCAUGGACCAAAACAACUUCACUGCAGCGUUCCUUCGCGCCACUAAUGGCAGCGGCGGCGUUACGACCAACGCGGGCGCUGGUUUCAGUCAAACCAUUUCACAGUCAGCAGCUCCUGGCAGCGGCUCCAGCAAUCACCUUUUUGAAGCGCCUACGUUAGGCAACACAAGCGUCACCUCAGCCCCAAGUCUCUUCAACAAUUUCCAUAGCGCCUCAAUGGGCAUGUCAAGUAUGUCUCCGCAUCAGAGCUCUGUUCUAUCGCAGUCGCCUCUUCUAUUCCACACAAAUAAUGGCAAUGGAGGUGCUACCAACUCUGAUAUUUGGAGAAUGAGAGAUGAGCUCAUCACAAACAGAGCCAAACUGGCAUCCUGGGAAGAGGGCAUCGCCCAAGCUAGGACUGCUUGUGAGGCUUGGAAAAGAGAAGUCGACGAGGCCAACAGGAAAAUCAAAGCUUCUGAACAAGCCAGAGAAGAGCUACUUACAAAGCUGAGCGCGGCGCAGCAGGAGCUGGAGGCGUGCAGGGCAGGCAAGACGCUCGCGCCGUACGUGCAAGUACUCAACCCGCUCACUGAUAUCGACCAGCUGCCCAGACACGUCUUGCAGCAGCUCAGCUCCAAGCUACACUCGGAUGCUGAGGCCGUAGAUAAGGCUCUGAACAACAUUUCACUACCAGCCGAAUGGUCGAAGGUGCCGAACUGGUAACGCCAGGCGUCGUUGUAUGGCUGCUCUUCUUUGUAUUUAUUCCGUUGCUUUUCUACCUUCCGAGACAUCAGUCAAUCACUGCAAUUUAUUAUCAGACUAUCGUAUUGUGGUACAGAAAAUAUCGUUGUUUCAGGUAUUCUCAUUUGCUUUUAGUUGAAUAGAAUAGCGAUGCGGAACUCAAUUUGAUCCAAAUUAUAAGCGGUUUCAAACCGAAUUUCCGCGAUUUUGGGGGCCUUUUUAUUUUCGGGCAUCAAAUCUAUCAGUUAUCGUGAUUGACUGACCAAUUGUUUGGUGAAAAGUUGAGAUUAUACGUAUCCAGUAUCACGUAUAUAGACGUUCUGUCAGUCUGCCAACGCUCUCUGUCUCCUAAUUGAUUCAAACUGAUGCAUUUCUAAGGCCCGACCUUCGGGAAAAGCUGUAUAAUUAAAUCGCUGUGUAUGUGUGUAGCUUGUACCUGUUUUCUAUGAAUACCCGCAUUGCUGUGCAAUGUAGACCUUUGGCCAAAUAAGAACAAAGAAAGGAGAAUUUACAAACCGUGUUUAGAUUUUUGUGCAAUUCAACCAAUUUACCGCUCGUAUGAAACACCCCUGGGUUAAUUGAACCUCCAAGCCGCAUUUCGCCUCACGGGCUUAUGUGAACUGACCGCCAAUUUGCUGUCGGUAAAAUACAUCGUGUUCAGGAAUGGACGUUGUUUUUCCCCGGUUGUAUUUCAGAUUCUCGUCUUGCCAAGGCUAAGAUGUGUGUAACUGAAGAAUUUCUUCCUUUCUUGAGUUGCGAGUUUUGAUUAAAAUGACAGAAGAACACCUUAGCGGCCAACUGCACUCGGAUAAUAUGUCUGCUUCCAAACUCCCAUCGUUGGUCUCAAAUUGUAAUCGUAGCAAACUCUCUCUUUUUAAUAAGGCUAAUUUGAAUUUGGACUUGUCCUGAAGUUUUCAGGAACAUCUUUUUAGAUCUUUGAGUGUAUUGCGGUGUUUUUUGUUGUGAAAUGUAGAAGUAAAUUCUAGCUUUUUUACAACGUGAUACAUCCUCUAAUUUUUAUUCGUGGUGGGAACUGCUGUUAACCUAGAAUAAAUUUCUCUAUUCGCGCUCAAUAAUGAAAAAUGUGCAUUUGUCUUGGAACUCCCUUGCAUUCUUCACAUUUAAAUAAUAACUGCCACGUAAAUUUGGUGUCUAAAUAAUAGCGGUGAUGCGUAAAUUAUUAUCUAGUGUUAACUUGGAAAGAUUAGGGCUGUUUGUGACCCGUUAAAGUAGCCUAGUGUAGAAUCUCUCAAGCAUAGCGUACCUACUGCUUUACCAUUCGCAAAUGUGCACCUGUAACGUGCAAAUCGUUCUUAUAAGGAAUUCAGAUGGAGAUCUUAUGCUCGCAUAUUUCUAUUAAGAUCAUCUUCGUUACCUUGUCUUGCCUCGGACUUCUCAUGAAUGCCUGGCGACGGCAUGUGACUGCUUUAGUUUAUGUAAUUCUAUUUUAAUUUUUAGCCUCCGUAGCCGUUUGAACCUCAGAAGCGAUCAUCGAAUGCUUUUGAUGAGGGGCCAAAUGUUUCUCAUGCUCUCGAAUAAGUAGAUUUAUGAUUCAUAUCUUAGAAAUGCUUUAAUCCUAAUCGAAUAGAGGUGGUAAUCGGCCAAAAUAAUUGAAUUUUAUCUAAUAUUUAGAAAAAAUAAACAUUCCUUCCAUUCGUCUUCUGUGACCAAUGAAAGCUACUAUCUCGUUUUCUAAUAACCUUGAUGCGAAAAAACUCAAUGUACUUUUUAUAUUAUCUAGCAUGUAAUUAUACAAAGUUCAAAAAUGCUUGCUUCACAGCAGUAAUGAAUCACGUGGAAGCUCAGAUUGCAUUCAGUAUAAAUUGAUUCGAUUUGCUCGACAUAUUCUUCACUUGGACAAUAGUUGUAUCCCCGUGCAACUCGCUCUAUGAUAAAAGUAAUUAAGGCCUAUUUAACUGUUACAAAUAGUAGCAAUUGCUGAAGAAAUAAAUUGUCUUAUCUGUCGUGUAUUUAGGAUAUUCAAUUGUAGCUUUAUUGUCGUAUUUGUAAUAAUUUGAACCGUGGCUGGCGAGACUGAGUGUGUGUUGUUUGUAGCCGUUUUCGAAGGCUUCCCUCAACCAUUUUGACGAGUCUUCUUCUUAACAUGUCCGAGGUCUUGCUAAUAUGAUGAACCCUUCAUGCUGCUUCGUGAAAUUUUCCCUUUUGUUCUUGUGUUAUGUUAUUUUUUUAAGAUGUUGAAUGUUGCGAUAUUCUAUAAAAGUAAGAAUUUUUUAUUUUUUAUGCUUUUACAACCGUGAAAUUUGCACUGUCUUUUCUUCCAGUUUAAUUUUUUUUCUGAAUUAUCUACAAUUUUUGGCUCUCAAGAUACUGUAGGCUAAUUUUCUUAUUUGAAAACUUGGGUUAGUCAUUUGAUCGUUAAAACUUGAAACUUGUGAUUCACGAAUUCUUAAACAAGGCUCGAAAUUCCCGUUUCACUAUUGAUGGAAAGAUUUCCUGGUAGUCGCAUUACUAAUUCAAAACGCUUUUUAUAGGCUCUUCUGAACCUCGCCUUUCGGCUUCAACGUUGCGAGUGAGACAACUUCAUCUCCUAACUGCUCUUCUUUUUAUAACGAGCUGGUUAUUUAUUAGCAUUUAUUGUUUUUGAGUAGUUUUCCGUGCAAUUUUCGUCAGUAUUUUUGUGUUUAUUCCUAAUUUUUGUACUUCUAUGUUGGAAAAUUUGUAAACGAGAAUGUAUGGGCAUUAUUGUCAUCUCUUUAAUUUAAUCUGAAAUUAAGUAAAUGAAGCUGUUCACAUCUUACUUCCUCAUUCCAUUUCAAGUCUACAAUUUUCAUAUCAAUACCGCUGCAACCAACUUGAAGAGCCUAACUUUUUUGAAGUGCUGGUGUUGGUCAUCAAAUAUUUGGUUCUAAUUAACAACAUAGUACUAGUUGAAGCAUUAUAACUGCUGUACUUUAAAAAUAACAGUACAUUGUACUGACUUAACUUAUGAGGAAUAAACUGCUGCGCUCUACUUGAUACUGUCGUGCAAAAAAACCGUAUAGCGCAAUUAUGAAAGAUCACUGCUGCAGUGCAUACUAAAUUAGAUGUCUAGAAUUAUACAUCAUAUAUAAUCAAUGUAUGAUUAGCUACGUAAAUCUCUAUCCUCUUUCUUAUGAAACCGGGCUACCAAAUUGUAGGGUUAUUUAUUUGUAUAAUGCAUUAUAGUUUGAUAUUUGUUGAAGUGCUCUUCUUAUUUAGGUUUAUGUUUGAAUCGGAUUUUGUUGUCAUUGUCUAUGCAUGGGAGUUGGAGAGAAAAUUCUUUAUUGCUUAUUUCACUGUUAAUACAAAAGAGGAGGUUUUGAGUUACACGGUUUGAAAACUAACGAUGUUUUGAAGGCGGUUACUGCAUAGAUACUUUUUUAAGCAAUAUUCUCGAUAUUUAAACUCGUCAAAUGAAAUAAUGAACAUGGGUAUUUCUUCAAUUAUUUCAAAAAUGAUGUCAACAUGGCGGCGUAGAAUAAUCACAUUAUUUCAUAUCAGUGUCGUAGCUCAACGAUCAAACUUCAUAUUUUAUGCUCAAAUUCUCCUUUAUGUAUUUUGUUAUAAAUGCAAUUGUUGUGACUAGCUGUCCUCAACUGCUAACCUCCCACAUGCGAGUGAGUCUUAACUCAGACAUCUUAAUUUCCAUGUGCUUAUCAAAAGGAAUUUCUUGGUGUUAUUUUUUUGCGUGGUCCUCUCCUCUACUACUUACUCCGGUCCUCUAAUCCUGGCUGGUCAGCAUUGCUGAUGCUCGUGCUCGUGUGUUGCCUCGUUGUUGUCCUUGUGAACUAAUAACUAAUCGUGAGCAAACAAUGUAAACGAAUCCGUUUCUAGGGUUAGCCCCGUUUAAUUUAUAAUUUUUAUUUUCUUGAUGGUUUAGGCUGCAAUAAUGAUAUAGAUCUUGUUGACCACCCAGGUGACGUUGUGUUCAAAUAUAUUAGCGCCUACAAAUUUAUUAUUAUUUGCUUAUUGAUUUCUUCAGUAGACUAUUGCUUCUUUCCCAACCUAAAUUAAUCAUACAUUGCAAAUCCCGUUGGAAAAACCUUGGACAACGGACCAAAUAAUUUCAAAACCUUGGACUUCUCUUCUCUGCACGGUUAACAACCUUCAAAGUCUUGGUUUCAGAGGCCAUUUACUCAAAACCAUUAUUUAAUCAUCAAACGAUUAACCUGUAACGGUCGAAUUUUGAUUGAUUCGUUGAUCUACACAUUGCAGUCCUAGAAGUGUUAUUAAUCUCUAAAGCAGGCGAUAACAUAUUAGAAUAUUGUCCAAGUUUUAUGGAGUGGCCGAUCUCUUUUCAUUGGAUGUGUAGCUCUUACAAAUUUGUAAUAUGUAAUUUUUAACUUAAAAUAAUCCAAUAAUUCUAUGUGAACCAAUUCCUAUUUAAAUUUGUGCAUGAUGUGUUCCUCUUCGUGAGAAACGAUAAACUAUUUAAUGUACUUGAUUAGGUCCGUGAAAACUACUCCCCUUAGCUAGACUAAAAACGCUUGUUAUGGUAUUCAUGCAUUAUACUGACUCGGAAUUCGGCAGGAAGUGUCCCGAAACUAACCAAAUAAUACUUUAUACUAAAUACUUUUUUGGAACUUAGUGGAAUGGGAAACAAAUUUCAAUCUAUAAGUAUAAUGCAACUUUGAAACGGUAUAUUUUUAACUAUUUAGAAUAAUCGAUUUAUUAGCUUUAUUUUGUAAUUUUUAAUAGUCCUAAUAUUAAUGUUAUUAAAAAGAAACGAUACAAAAGUUGAA